AUGCCGGCCACCAACGGCAAGCCUUCAAUAGGGCGAUUCGAGCUUCCGCAGCUGACACCCAUAAACUACUCCCUCACGGACGGCACCGGCAUUCCUCCACCACCAGAUUCCCCAGUCGAAGAAUCUGUACCUGCAUCCGUAGCGAAAGACGCAGGCGCUGCAGCAUCGGAGGAUUCAGCGACGAAAACGAACGGUAGCCAAUCCGCGACACCCACGAACAACAAUGGAAAUGGCGCAGCGUACGACGGUCGCGGUCGACCGAAUACCAUCGACGAGCCUCCUAUGAGCCCAGCAUCGUCCACGAGGCAAGGCAGCAUACGCAGGUUCCUGUCGCGGAAGUCCCUCAAUACAAACUAUACCAACGGCACAAAUACCAAUGCGUCGCAGGAGGAUCUGGCGGGCGGAGCGGUGCGGCCGGAGAGCGCCAUGAGCUUUGCGAGUCAGAGGCCCAGCCUGGCGAAGAAAAAGAGUGGGAGUUGGUUCAGGCGCUUGGGGAGCUCGAAUGGAAGCAAAAGGACGAGUAUCAUAUAUGAAGAUAAGAAACCUGCUCCUGCGCCGCCCGUCAAGAAAGGACCUCCUCCGCCGAAACUACCAGAGUUGAAUCAAUUGAAGGCGAAGAUUGGGGAUAAUGAUGAGGGUAGUUUGGGCGGGGAGGAUAUGUUCAAGAAUAUCAAGUAG